AAAGCCGCAAAAAAAAAAAAAGUAGAGAGAAAACCAGAGUGAGCUGCGCAGCUCAUGACACAUGAUGGUGAGCUACGCCUACGCGAGCUCGGAGCUCAGCUCUACCGCCCCCGCACGCCGCCGCCGCCCGUCGCCUAUAAAAGCCGCUCCACCCCCAACGAGCCCACCAGCUGCUCUCCACCAAGAGCUGCUCCGCCCCCCUACCCCGCAACCCGUUGCUUUGUGCCGCGCCUCGCUUUGGUCUUCAUCCGCCUCAGAUCUGAUUCGUUCUAGGUUGGUCUGGGGAAGAUGGCGAUCACGGUGAGGCGGUCGACGAUGGUGCGGCCGGCGUGGGAGACGCCGCGGGUGCGGCUGUGGAACUCGAACCUCGACCUCGUGGUGCCGCGGUUCCACACCCCAAGCGUCUACUUCUACCGCCGGGGCCCCGAGGGAGGGGGCGCGCCGGAGGGGUUCUUCGACGGGGAGCGGAUGCGGCGCGCGCUGGCGGAGGCGCUCGUGCCGUUCUACCCGAUGGCCGGGCGGCUCGCGCGCGACGAGGACGGGAGGGUCGAGAUCGACUGCAACGGGGAAGGGGUGCUCUUCGUCGAGGCCGACGCGCCCGACGCCUCCGUCGAUGACUACGGCGACUUCGCGCCCACCAUGGAGCUCAAGCGCCUCAUCCCUGCCGUUGAUUACACCGACGACAUCUCCUCCUUCUCGCUCCUCGUGCUCCAGGUGACCUACUUCAAGUGCGGAGGUGUCUCCCUUGGAGUUGGUAUGCAACACCAUGUGGCGGAUGGCAUGUCCGGUUUGCACUUUAUUAACUCAUGGUCUGACCUCUGCCGAGGAACUCAAAUUGCCAUCAUGCCCUUCAUUGACCGCACUCUCCUACGAGCCCGAGAUCCACCAACUCCAUCAUACCCACAUGUUGAGUACCAGCCUGCCCCAGCCAUGCUGUCCUCCGUACCCCAGUCUGUUACUGCUAAUAAGACAACACCACCUCCAACUGCUGUGGACAUUUUCAAGCUUACCCGCUCAGACCUUGGUCGACUGCGUUCGCAGCUCCCAUCAGGAGAAGGUGCACCACGUUUCAGCACAUAUGCAGUUCUUGCUGCACAUGUCUGGCGAUGCGUAUCUCUUGCACGUGGCCUGCCUUCUGAACAGCCCACUAAGCUGUAUUGUGCCACUGAUGGGCGACAACGGUUGCAGCCUCCACUUCCAGAAGGUUACUUUGGGAAUGUCAUUUUCACCGCCACUCCACUUGCUGAGGCAGGCAAGGUGACCAGUGGGCUGGCAGAUGGAGCAGCAGUCAUCCAAGAGGCGCUAGAUAGGAUGAACGAUAGCUACUGCCGCUCAGCAUUGGACUACCUGGAGCUGCAGCCUGAUUUAUCAGCAUUGGUCCGUGGAGCACACACUUUCCGGUGUCCGAACCUCGGGCUCACCAGCUGGGUGCGCUUGCCAAUUCAUGAUGCAGAUUUUGGAUGGGGAAGACCAGUGUUCAUGGGUCCUGGUGGCAUCGCCUAUGAAGGGCUGGCGUUUGUCCUCCCAAGCGCGAACAAGGAUGGUAGCCUAUCCAUAGCCAUCUCAUUGCAGGCUGAGCACAUGGAGAAGUUCAGGAAGCUGAUCUUCGAGGUGUAAGCAGACUACUUAUGUUAUGUCAGGGAGAAGUUGUAGAGCUAGAGUUCUCAGGUAAAAUACCUUCAAGUGAGUCAUGGGGGCUAUGCUCUUGCUCCUGUUGAGCAAAUUGUCUGGCCACGUUCUCUUGUACCUUAGCUUGCAAGGAUAUUUGGCCAUCACCACAGCCGUGUGACGAUGUGAGCAACCAAUAAUGAGCUGUUUUUUUGUUUUCGUUUAGGAUAGGAAUCAACAAUGAAGAAAAGGUGCUGUAUUCUGUGAAACUACAUGGCAGUGUUGUUCUUACCAAAAAUACAUGACAAGUGAAUUGGGUCAAGUUAUUGCCUGUUGUAGCUCAAGUCGAUAGAUGAACAUCAUUGUACAGUACGAAUGUACGAUACGACUAUAACAGCCUGAUUGCCUAUGAACUGCAAGUAAAUGCAUGUGAAUAACUGAA